CAGAGAGAGAGAGAUAUGGUUUAUAUAAAGCCAUAUAGACCGUCAUAAGUUUUAAUGAAAGGCAAGAAGAUGAGACUAACAUCAGCCAGCAGCACUGAUGCCCACCGCCACGCCAGCUGAGCUUCCAGCGUCAGAUUACAUCCUAUGACGUCAGAAUUUCCCUAACAAGCGUCCAUGGAUCCUCACCUCAAAGACCCGUAUGCCCCCGAUGUCCCCGGCGUCCCCGAUGUCCCCGACUCCCAAACGGAGGACGACAGCUACCUCCCGGACCUGGAGUGCGCCGUGUGCUUCAGCCAGUUCAACAACGUCUUCAACACGCCCAAGAUGCUGGAAUGCAAACACACCUUCUGCCUGGAGUGCCUCGCCCGCAUGAACGUCAAAUCCAUGCAGCCCGAGAGCAUCCAGUGCCCGCUGUGCCGGGCGUACACCCACUUACCCGCCAUGGGGCUGCCCAAGCUGGCCACAGACCCCAAGGUGCUGUCCUACCUGCCCGAUGCCAUGCAGCGGGUCUACAGCAUCCGCUUCAGCAGGGAUCGGGGCAAGCUGCAGGUCAAGCGGGUGCCCAGCUCCAUGCCACCCUGCGCCGCCGAAGUGCGCCACAGCAUGGACCUCGGGAUGCCCGCCGAGGCCGACGAUCCCGACCGGAGGAGCGAAAGGCAGUCGAUUUGCACCAGGCUGGCGCGGAUGCCCCUCUGCAGGGCGCUGUUCAUGGCCUCGGGGGUGCUCAUAAUGGUCUCCCUAACCAUCGGCAUCGUCAUCAUCCUCUCCAAUAAGAAGUGAGGUCACUAUGGAGGCGUGGCCAAAGUGUCGGACCAAGAGCGUGCCAAACACUAAGAACUAAAGCCAAAGAACUGAGUCAGUUUACCCCAAAAUAACUCUAAUAAGUUGAGUUGUCUGCUUCAAAAAGUGAUUAUAAUCAGAUAUCAGCAGUUAAACAGCGUAAUCAGAUUCCUUAGAUCGGAUUAAGAUCUAGAAAUCUGAUUAAGAGAGAGCUGGAUUUCAGACUGAUUCAUUAAAGAUGAUUAAUUCAGUUUGCAAAACUGAUUCAGUGGAACUGAAUAGUCUGAUUGGAUUUUGCAUGUAUCUGAUUAUUCAUCAUUUUUUUGGUUUCCUGUACUGGACUGAAGCCUAUAAAUCUAAUUAGGAGGGCUGGAUGGAGUUCAGCUAAAUAAUUGGACCGUUCAGAGAGGAGGUGGUGUUCCAGUGUUGGACUAAAUAAAUGCCACCUAAACCAGUGGAGUUUAUAAAGAUUACUGAUUCACUCUGCCAAACUGAUUCAGUUGAACUGUCUGAUCAUAGUUGGAUUUUUGCCGUUAUCUGAUUACUCAAGUUGUCUUAUAAACAGCAUACUUUGGUUUCUCUGACUGGACUGAAGAUCAAUAAAAUUCCUGAUGAAGAGGGGUUGGAUCUUUAUAACGUUAAUCAGAUUCAGUUCACCAAAGAGGUUCUUUUGAACGGUCUAUUUCACUGAAUCAGACUCAACAAAUCACUGAUUCACAAGUUAAUCACAAGUCGAUGUCAUUAUAAUGUGUAGUAAUGGAUUAAGAACUAAAAAUCUGACUAAGAAAUCCAAGCACUAAUUAGAGUCACAAAAUCUGAUUAAGAAAUAAUCUAAACAUACAGCUCUGGAAAAAAAAUGAAGGGAUCACUUAGCUUCUGAAUCAGUUUCUCUGAUUUUGUUAUUUAUAGGUUUAUGUUUGAGUAAAAUGAACAUUGUGGUUUUAUUCUAUAAACUACAGACAACAUUUCUCACAAAUUCUAAAUAAAAAUAUUCUCAUUUAGAGCAUUUAUUUAAAGAAAAUGAGAAAUGACUGAAAUAACAGAAAAGAUGGAACUUUCAGACCUCAAAUAAUGCAAAGAAAACAAGUUCAUAUUCAUAAAGUUUUAAGAGUUCAGAAAUAAUCAAUAUAUGGUGGAAUAACCCU